UGGCAGCUCAGCAGAGAGACGAGCAAGAGAUCCCUGCUCUUAGUUGGAAAAUUGUCUCUGAUGAAGGCCUGGAUCUGAUUGAGACCGCAGAAACUUUUGGAUGCAGCCUCUGACUCAGGACACAGGCAUGAGCUCGGUCUCUGUGACCCUGGCCAGUGCCCUGCUGGUCAGGGGCGAAGCUCUGUCGGAGGAGGAAAUCUGGUCCCUCUUGUCCUUAGCUGCUGAGCGGCUUCUGGAAGACGUCCGUGAAGAUUCCUCGGACUAUGUGGUCUGUCCCUGGUCAGCCCUCCUGUCUGCAGCCGGAAGUCUUUCUUUCCAGGACCAUAUUUCUCACAUAGAGGCUGCUCCUUUCAAGGCCCCUGAACUGCUACAGGGACAGAGUGAUGAUGAGCAGCCUGAUGCAUCUCAGAUGCACGUGUAUUCUUUGGGCAUGACCCUCUACUGGUCAGCAGGCUUUCGUGUCCCACAAAAUCAGCCCCUGCGGCUCCGUGAGCCCUUGCACUCCAUUCUGCUGACCAUGUGCGAAGACCAGCCUCGCAGGCGGCUGCCCCUGCUGUCAGUUCUGGAAGCGUGUCAGGUUCAUCAGGAAGAAGUGGCUGUAUACCCAGCCUCUGCCAGUCUCCACGUCCGACAGCUGGCCGGCUUGGUUCUGGGCACCAUCUCCGAGGUGGAGAGGAGAGUUGUGGAAGGAAGCUCCUCUAUGCCGCAGGACAGAAGCUGCCUGCUCAGGAAUAGGCUGCAUCAGGCCAGCUGUGAGAACCCAGCAACGUGGGUCCUGGAGCGUCUGCACCCCUGCAGAGUUUCAGGGAGAAGCGCAGAGACCCAGAGCUCCCUGGAGCCCGGUCUGAGCACCUCAGUACACAGUUCCCACAGCCUCUCGGUUAGCAGUGCUCUUCCAAUGGAAGCUCCCCAAGAGCUUCAGGACGGACAGCGGCUCAGCUCCAGUGCCCCUCCCUCUGUGGCAGCUGAAACCUUGCUGCCGGCAGCUCCUUCUCAAAGGGCUUUUCUGCGAAGAAGAGGAAAGGUCUCUAGGCCGGAGUUUGUCUUGCUGGCUGGAGAGGCCCCAGUGACUUUGUAUCUGCCAGGCUCAAUUGUGACCAAAAAAGGGAAAUCCUAUUUGGCUCUCAGGGACCUCUGUGUGGUGCUGUUGAGUGGGCAGCGUCUGGAGGUGAAAUGUGACAUUAUGUCAACAGUGGGGGCCGUCUUCAGUGCUGUCAUGUCCUUUGUCAACCUUGGGGAGCUCACCUACUUUGGCUUGGCUCACAUGAAAGGGAAAGAGUUCUUUUUCUUGGACCACGAAACCAGGUUGUGCAAAAUAGCCCCUGAAGGCUGGAGUGAGCAGCCCCAGAAGAAGACCUCCUCGAAUACCUUCACACUCUUUCUGAGGAUAAAGUUCUUUGUCAACUGCUGUGCGCAACUCCAGCACAGCCAGACAAGGCAUCAAUUCUAUCUGCAGCUUCGGAAAGACAUCCUAGAGGAGAAGCUCUACUGCAAUGAUGAGACACUGCAGCAACUGGCAGUCCUUGCCUUGCAGGCUGAGUUUGGCAAUUACCCUGAGGAGCAGAUAGAGAGUAAAGCCUAUUUUCGGGUUGAAGACUAUGUCCCAGCAAGUCUGAUUGAGAGGAUGACUGCUCUCCGGGUCCACGUUGAAGUCUCAGAGAUGCACCGUCUCAGUCCUGUGCUCUGGAGAGAGGAUGCCGAGCUGGAGUUCUUGAGGGUCACCCAGCAGCUCCCGGAAUAUGGUGUGCUGGUCCAUCAAGUUCUCCCAGAGAAGACCAGGGGGGAAGGAGAGAUGGCCUUGGGGAUCUGUGCCAAGGGCGUCAUAGUAUAUGAAGUGAAAAACAACAGCAGAAUUGCAACUUUGCGGUUUCAGUGGAGAGAAAUCAGGAAGAUUUCAACUUGUCGAAAGAAGUUCACCAUCACAAGCAGCAUCACUGGGAAAAAGCACGCGUUUGUCACUGAUUCAGCCAAGACCUGUAAAUAUUUACUGGGACUCUGUUCUGCCCAGCAUGGGUUUAAUGCUCAGACGAGCUUCCUGCCUGUUGCAGCAGGCCAUGAUAAAUGUGUACAGAUGCCCAAUAUGAGUCUUGCACACCUGCCCCAGUCCAAGAGUCUCACUUGGAUUCAGAGAUUGUCGAGCUCAGAAAACGCGCUGUUCACACCCACGCCCAGGCUGGAGGCCACCGCAGGGGGCCUGCUGCCCACGUCGCCGGAUAACUUCACUGUGGAAACCAGCAAGGGGACUGCGGCACAGGGAAACCGAGGCAGCCCUGGUGCAGGUCGGGAGCAGCUGGAGACCAUCUGUUUGAUCCAGAAGCCAACGACUUGUGACCCUGUCUCCGGGCUGCCUGUCGAGAGCAUGCACAGGGGGCCACAAAAGAACAGGAGAAAGGGCUUUAUAGCUGAGCCGGAACGGGAAAUCGUGCACGUGACUCUGACCCGCGAUCCACAUGGUGGUUUCGGCUUUGUCAUUAACGAGGGAGAAGGUGUUGGCAAAGCUGACCCUGGCAUCUUUAUAUCUUCUAUUAUACCUGGGGGACCAGCUGAAAAAGCUAAAAAGAUCAAACCAGGAGGGCAGAUACUAGCCUUGAAUCACAUCAGUCUGGAGGGCUUCACGUUCGACAUGGCUGUUAGAAUGAUUCAGAAUUCUCCUGACAGCAUAGAAUUAAUCAUUUCUCAGUCAAAAGGUAUCUGUGGAAAUACCCCAAGUGAGGAAAACAAUAGCACGUCCAAUUCUGGGGUCUUCUCUACAGACAGCCCGAACAACGGGCACCAGGGAAGUCUUUCGUCCCACAUGCAAGACCAGGAGAAAAACACUGAAGAACUCGAAGCGGCUCAGACUCAGAGCUUACUGCCCAGGGUGAGGCCUCAGCUUUCCCCUCUGCCAUUGAAGGGUGCUGGUUCUUCUUGUUCUCCACCACCUUCAGAAGUCAAUGCCAGUGAAAUCUACUUUGUGGAACUGGUUAAAGAAGAUGGGACGCUUGGAUUCAGCGUGACUGGUGGCAUUAACACAACUGUGCUCUAUGGAGGUAUCUACGUGAAAUCCAUCAUUCCUGGAGGGCCAGCUGCCAAGGAAGGGCAGAUCCUGCGGGGUGACCGGCUCCUGCAGGUGGAUGGAGUGAGUCUGUGCGGCCUCACCCACAAGCAGGCUGUGCAGUGCCUCAAGGGUUCUGGGCAGGUUGCAAGACUGGUCUUAGAGAGAAGAGGCCCCAGGACCGCCCAGCAGUGUCCUUCUGCUAAGGACAGGACGGGAGAUGAAUGCAGGGCUGUUUCCUUGGCAACAGCCUUGCCUGGCAGGCCCUCGGGCUGUGUCUCAGCGACAGAUGGUCCUAAGUUUGAAGUCACUCUGAAAAAAAAUGCCAGUGGUUUGGGAUUCAGCUUCGUGCAGAUGGAGAAAGAAAGCUGCAGCCAUCUAAAGAAUGAUCUUGUGAGAAUUAAGAGACUCUUCCCAGGGCAGCCAGCUGAGGAGAAUGGGGCCAUUGCAGUGGGUGACAUUAUCCUGGCCGUGAACGGAAGGCCCACAGAAGGCCUCGUCUUCCAGGAGGUGCUCCAUUUACUGCGAGGGGCCUCACAGGAAGUCACGCUCCUACUUUGCCGACCCCCUCCAGGUGCACUGCCUGAGGUAGACCAGGGAUGGCAGACACCCGUGCUUUCAUCAGACAAAGAGUUCACCAGGGCAACUUGCACAGACUCAGAGCAGAGCGCCAGUCUGGAUCUAGAGGAUAGCCGGAGGAACAGUGCCUCCGCAGACGGAGGGGAAAGCCUGGGUCUCAGGCCAGAAUCUUUCCAAAAAGCCACCAGGGAGGCACAAUGGGACCAAGACCUAGAGAGACCCUGGGCCACUUCCUUGAUGCAUCCUCAGGAUUCCCACCCUCAUUUAUGCAGACUUCAGCAAGAAAUGGAUGCAUCAACAUUGGCCACCUCUUUGGAAAAGGAUAUGAGGCAAAACUGCUAUUCAGUUUGUGAUAUCAGGAGACUUGAAAGAUUUUCCUCCUCAUCUUCUCUAACCGGACUUUCGACAGAUAUUUUCUGAGCCCGUUCUCUGCAUGCUUGAAGCGCUGUACAAAGUGCUCUACCAUCUGUCUGCACUGCUUUUUCUGAUCAGAAAGCAUGUGGGGUGACCUUUGGGCAGCCCCCGAAAAGUGUGUUCUUCCACUGUUGUCUCUGCAUCUUCACCACCGGACAGUGCACCUCA